AUUGUGAUAUAUACGGUUAUAAAGAUUUAUAUAUUUUUAUGUAGAGUUAUUGAUUUUAUAUAUUUAUAUAGUGAUAUAUACCGUUAUAAAGAUUUAUAUAUAUUAUAUUUAGUAUAUACGGUUUUAUAUAUUUUUUAUAUACUGUUAUAUAGAUUUGUAUUAGGUUAUAUAGUGUUCUUGAUUAUAUAUAGUUAUAUAGUGAUAUAUACGGCUAUAUUGAUUUAUAUAUAUUAUAUACGGUUAUAUAGAUUUUUAUAUAGUUAUUUUGUGUUAUUGAUUAUAUAUAUUUAUAGUGUGAUAUAUACGGUUAUAAAGAUUGAUAUAUAG